CUGCGCCAUUAAACUACGUAAAUAAUGGGCUGCACUGCUGCUUCCUGUUUAUUAGGCUGAGAGCAAACCGUUUUCUGUUAGCAAGUUAUUUUGUCUAAGACUGUUGGCGUUUUGUUGUAGGUGAUGGCGGCGUUAAGUACACGAAACGUAAAGGAAUAAUCUUGUUUUUGGAAAGUUGCAUAACUGUUUCUCAAAUUGUAUUCGGAAUGUUUUGAUAUACAUUUCCAGUAUUUUUACUAAGUGACUAUGCCUAAAAGAAAGAGCCCCUUCGAGUCAAAUUGCCCCCUGCAGCUGAAAACCCACAUUUCACAAAGGGUGGUGAAUGAAGGAGUAGCCCGACAAGCUAAUAUGCAAAUUGUUUAUGAACGUACCAAAGCAUUGCUUUUUUCUGGAGCUCGUUCUUUGAUUUUGAAUGGUGUGGCACAAGCUGUGAGUAAUGGGGAGCUGAACUCUGAGGCAGGUAGAAACAGUUUAGACUGUCCUGCCCUCACAAGAGGUCAGCUGCAUCUUGGAGCCCAUGGAGAGCUACUGAGAAGUCCACAGAAAAUGCUACAGAGAGGUGCUUUGAAGCCACCUUGUACAAAGUGUGUGCUUUGUGUCAAACAGAACCUUUCAGGAGUUCAUUGUCAUCACUGUGAGCGAUCUGUCUGCCCUAGCUGUCAGCGCCAAUGUGGACUGUGUGGAAAUCUCUUCUGCUUCCAGUGCUGUUCUGUGAAUUACGAAAGUCGGGAUGAAACUAUGAUCUGCAGUGAAUGCACAGACCAUUAGGUGGGAAGUCGGAAAUGGAUAUCUACUUGUUUAAUCUUCACAAAUUAACACCAUCUUCCUGGAGCUAAUGGAACCUGUACCCAAUAAAUUAUGCCUUGAAGGCACUUUUGUACAGAAUGCACCUUUUUAACCAAAUAUUUCCUUUGCUGCUGUUUAUACUGUACAACAAACUUGGCUGGUUAUGUUGUGGGUAUGCUAUGAUUUGUUGGUGUAAGUGUAAUAUAAGGAAAUAUGAUUAACUUUUUUUACAGACAUUACUUACCACUUUGUAAUGAGUGUUUUCACAUCUGGCAAUCCAUUACUUUUAGUUUGUCUGUUGAAAGGUGAACAAUUUUCAUUUUUCAGCAGUUAGAGGCACAUCUGUCAUUCCUUGGUCCUCUAACAGUAAAGGUACAUGGAAUGAGAUUCACCCUUAAACAGGAGUAACUGUGAACUGAUACUGUUCCUGGAUAGAUAUGGUAAAAGCAGUGGUUAAGCAAUAUAUGAAAAUCUUUAAGCAAUUACAAGUGCAUUAAAAGACAUAAUGAUUUGUAUUUUCAUUCCAACCCAGCUGAAAAACGUACUUUCCUGUUUUAACUUUCCUGUAAGGUUUGGAAGCCCCAGAGCUAGCUAUACUUCCUAGAGGAUUUGGGGUACGUGCCCCUGUUAGAGGUGAUGUGGAAAUGAAGCUCUGCACAGAGAAAAAAAAUCUGGAAUUUGUUUGGUAAUCUGAACCUAAAUGAGUGGACUUUAAUAAAUGGUUGUUUGGGAGACCCAACCAUAGUUAUUUGUCUACAUGUGCUUUGUUUCACAAAAUUACCAUUAUCUGCACUGUUCACUUUAUGCAGUUAUUGAAUCAGAGUACUCAGUUGUAUGCAAUUAUUCGUCUUUUUACAGUAAAAGUACCCUUUGUUUCUGUCUAUACAAGUGCCACUUCUGAAUGACAUUUCCCUUCACCAUCUUUUGAUGUCAUCUGAAUUUUAUUUCAAGUAGCUCAGCUAUGUUGUAUUUUGACACCAUCAAAACAGCAAAGCACAUGGAUACGAAAUUAUAGUGUAUGAGCAAGUAGCAGGCUUAGUAUUAGCCAUUGCAGUGAGGUAGUUUGGAAAAUUACUGCCAUUUUAUCUGUUUGUUCAUACCUUUCAGAAGUGGAAACCUAUAAAUCUACUAUUAGACUACAUGUGUGGGUGCUGGGAGAGAGUCAAAUUGUGAACCACAGCUUUUGUACCCCAACAUCCACCAUUCUUAGUAUUAGCUCUAGCAUAGCGAAAAAAAAAAAAGAUGUUUGAAGACGUGUCAUUUUGCUCCACCAGCAGAAAACAGACACUGGAACACCGAUGUGAUGUAAUACCUUUUUAUAGGACCAACAUAGGUUUUGCAGUUACUCAAGCUUUUAAGCUGGCAUGAGGUUCUUGUCAGGAGUUGUUACUGAUAUUAAAUACAGUACUUUAUGGUGAGUUAUGCCUAGAAAGGGAAGUAAAUCAUUCAUUUCCAGUAGGCUAAAGAAUCUUGAAAAAUGCACGCUACACCUCGGUGACUGUGUGAGUGUAUGUAGUUAAAUCCAGAGAAGGAAUCAAGUUAUGAUUUGUAGGCUUAGUCUGUGUAAAUAAGCAGUCUUUGUCAGAGGUUUUGGUUAACAGAAAAUAUGAAAUGGCAAUAAUGUGCAGUUCACAAUGAAGAGAAGGGCACGGGCUACCAACAGAGUAGUAGUGUUAAAAUGUGGAUAUUGCAUGCAGUUAAUACACUGAACAGGCUGUGGUUUAGCUAAAUGAGAGAAAGGUGGAGAGAGCAAAUACAAUGGUGUUAUAUCACUUAAGAUUCUGAAUAACAGCAUAAUUGGGUAAAAUUCUGUUGGUCAAGUAUCUGAACAUUAAGGCCAUUUUUUUCCAGUAAAAGAUAUUGUCUAUGUUCCUGUGUCUGCAUUCUCUAGUAAAAUGGGUAACACUGAAUGGACAGUUUUGUGGAGUAAUGCAAUGUCUGCUAUUUUAGUAAAUAUGAAAACGAAAAUAACAUUCCCUAAGCAAAACUUCACCCUUAUGAAAAAACUUAAUUUGCCACAUCUGAUUUAUAAUUGGUAGCUCUUUAUCUGCUUUCUUGCCUGUAAUGUGUGAGCUCGCUGUGUUUGCCAGCUCCUUGAAAUAAUCAUCAGAGAAAAGAAAUGUAAAAACAUUUUAUCUGAGUACUUUAACUGUGAUCUGGCUUUAUGCUGUUAGUUUUUAGUCUUUACAAGAAAAAAGUUAAAUAUUUCUAGCCCUUUGGCAGUAUAUGUGACUGAGAAAAACUGCUGUUUGUUGUAGUUUCCUGAAAUAAACACUUUCUCAGGACAUGUGACCAUAAUCCGUGCUUACAUUUGCUAACCAGUAAGCAGUGCAACUUAAAUUGAGUACAUUAGAAAAUUGGAAGGGUUUCGGGCAUGUAUCUCUCAAUUUCUGUAGGUCAGAAACUUGUUGGAAACUUUUGUUGAAAUCUUCAGAGCUCUAACUUGCCUUUGGUUAGGCUGCGUAGGGGAGAGUCCUUUGGUAUCUCCCACAUGGAGGAGAGUUUCACCAUGCAUCAUCUUUAACAAAUGUAGUUAAAAAAAUGGUCAAAAUUGCAUUCAUAGCAGUAAAAGUUGUCAAGCAUCAGUUUUGGGUUGCAGUGCAACCAUCACCACUAAAUGUGGAAGAAAAUGAAAUGAAUUAACUGAAUAAACAAAUGCUUCAACUUUUACUGUACUCUUUUGAGGGUAGAAGCUUGCAUUUAAAUGUCUGAAAGACAUAUUAAUGACUGUGAUAACCUUCGAAGCUUUGUGCAACGACUGAUAGAAUUUCCUGCUACAUAUAAUUGCUCAUAAAUUUGCAAACUAUAGUGGCAAAAUACAGAUCAGAGAAUAACAGUCUGUUAAGUUUAUUUGCAUGGUGAUAACAGGAUAAAUGAUUUAGAAUUCAAAAGUUUUCUCAUGAAAGCUUACAAACAGACAAGUAUUUAAGGAAGGGGUUUAUUAAAUGUUCCCUAUUUCUCUUAUCCAUAUUUCCCAAAAAUGAUGGCUUUAUUUCCUGCUCUGGCAAAAUCCUAGGACUGUUCACUGUUAAUACUUGCAUCACCUAGUUAAUGUGGAAAUAACUCCAUUAUUUUCUCUCUCAGCACCUGCUUAUAGAUUGAAGGGUAAAUGACAAUUUUCCAUGUGUGUGUGUGUGUGUGUGUGUAUUUGUAUAUGUAUGUGUGUGUAUAAAUGUAUAAUCCAGCCACAUAAAAUGUAUAUGUAUAUUUCUACUAAUGUAUUUAGUUUUGUAAAAAAAAAAACUUGGAUGUGUAUUUUUCCUUAUUUUUAUAUUGUGUUUUUAACUAAGAAUAUUUAUGGUAUGUUACAACACAGAUCUGUAGUUUUGCUCGAAUAAAGUUUUGAGAAAAAAUG